AUGGCUAAGUAUGUGUCAAUGCCUUUUGCUGUUGCUGCUGCUGCUGCUGGGAUAUAUUUCCUUGACAAAAACCACUACCAACCAAAGGAACUCGGAGGUGGGAUUGGAGAAACCAUCCAACAUGUCGUACCAAAACCGAAGGUGGAGCUGAACAACACCACUCAGAUGCUAAAGUUGGCGCCCCAAUUUGACGGGUUGGACUCCUUUGAAACCUUGGUGGCUCGUUAG